CAAUAGUUCAUAUCUAUCCUUCACUACAGAAAGCAUCAGAAUGAUACCGCAAACUCCAAUAGUCUUGGACACCAAUGACUAUUCACAAACAUUGGGGAUAUCACAGCAGAUAUUUAAAGGAGAUGGUGAAUUGGCAGGAACUGGGCAGCAAUCAUUAUUUACAGAUAGUAAUUUAGUCAUCAAACAAGAGGACAACAUUUCUGACUUACCUAGAGAAAUUAUUAUCCCCGAGGAUAAACCAAAUACAUUUACUGAGAUUUCAAAACAUAGAAAAGAAGGGAACAGUCUACAGUCUAGCCAAAUGAUUCAUACAAAGGAGCAACCUUUCAAAUGUACAGAAUGUGAGAAAAGCUUUAGAUGGAAGUCUAAUCUACUAAAACACUACAAAAUUCACACAGGUGAGAAACCACACACAUGUACUGAGUGCAGCAAAUGUUUUACACGAAUGGAUAAUCUGAAAAUUCAUGAAAAGAUUCACACAGGAGAAAAGCCUUUCACAUGUACAGAGUGUGGAAAAAGAUUUACACAAAAGCAGUGUCUCAAAACUCAUGAAAGGAUUCACACAGGAGAAAAACCUUUCACAUGUAGAGAGUGUGGAAAAAGUUUUACACAAAUGAAUUGUCUGAAAACUCAUGAAAUGAUUCACACAGGAGAAAAGCCUUUCAAAUGUACAGAGUGUGGAAAAUGUUUUACAGAUAAGAGUCAUCUGAAAAGUCAUGAAAGAAUUCACACAGGGGAAAAGCCGUUCACAUGUACAGAGUGUGGAAAAAGUUUUACAAAAAAGGGUGAACUGAAAAGUCAUGAAAGGAUUCACACAGGAGAAAAGCCUUUCAAAUGUACAGAGUGUGGAAAACGUUUUACAGAUAAGAGUCAGCUGAAAAAACAUGAAAGGAUUCACACAGGAGAAAGGCCUUUCACAUGUACCGAGUGUGGAGAAAGUUUUACACGAAUGGAUUAUCUGAAAACUCAUGAAAGGAGUCACACAGGGGAAAAGCCUUUCACAUGUACAGAGUGUGGAAAAAGUUUUACACAAAAGCCUGAGCUGAAAAAGCAUGAAAGGAUUCACACAGGGGAAAAGCCUUUCACAUGUACAGAGUGUGGAAAAAGUUUUACAGAAAAGAGUAGUCUGAAAAAACAUGAAAGGUUUCACACAGGGGAAAAGCCUUUCACAUGUACAGAGUGUGGAAAAAGUUUUACACGAAUGGAUACUCUGAAAACUCAUGAAAGGAUUCACACAGGCGAAAAGCCUUUCACAUGUACAGAGUGUGGAAAAAGUUUUACAGAAAAGAGUAGUCUGAAAAAACAUGAAAGCUUUCACACAGGGGAAAAGCCUUUCACAUGUACAGAGUGUGGAAAAAGUUUUAGGUUAAGGAGAAGACUGAAAACUCAUGAAAUGAUUCACACAGGGGAAAAGCCUUUCACAUGUACAGAGUGUGGAAAAAGUUUUACAGAAAAAGGUAGUCUGAAAAAACAUGAAAGGAUUCACACAGGGGAAAAGGCUUUCACAUGUACAGAGUGUGGAAAAACUUUUUACAGCAAGACACUGCUACUUAACCAUAAAAUUCUUCACACAGGAGAAAAGUUAUUCACAUGUACAGAGUGUGGAAAAAGUUUUACACAAAAGAGUGAUCUGAAAACUCAUGAAAGGAGUCACACAGGAAAAAAGCCUUUCAUGUGUACAGAGUGUGGAAAAAAGUGUGCAAAACGUUUUACACAAAAGAGUGAUCUGAAAAAUCAUGAAAGGAUUCACACAGGAGAAAAGCCUUUCACAUGUACAGAGUGUGGAAAUUUUUUUACAGCAAAGAGUGAUCUGAAAAGGCAUGAAAGGAUUCACACAGGAGAAAAGCCUUUCACAUGUACUGAGUGCAGCAAAUGUUUUACACAAAUUCAUCAUCUGAAAACUCAUGAAAGGAUUCACACAGGAGAAAAGUCUUUCACAUGUACAGAGUGUGGAAAAAGUUUUACAGAAAAGAGUACUCUGAAAAUUCAUGAAAGGAUUCACACAGGAGAAAAGCCUUUCACAUGUAGAGAGUGUGGAAAAAGUUUUACACAAAUAAGUGGUCUGAAAUCUCAUGAAAGGAUUCACACAGAAGAAAAGCCGUUCACAUGUACAGAGUGUGGAAAAAGUUUUACACAAAUAAGUAGUCUGAAAUCUCAUAAAAGUAUUCACACAGGAGAAAAGUCUUUCACGUGUGCAGAGUGUGGAAUAAGUUUUAUACAAAUGAGUAGUCUGAAAUAUCAUGUAAGUAUUCACACAGGAGAAAAGCCGUUCACAUGUACAGAGUGUGGAAAAAGUUUUACAAGAAAGAGUGAUCUGAAAAAUCAUGAAAGGAUUCACACAGGAGAAAAGCCUUUCACAUGUACAGAGUGUGGAAUUUUUUUUGCAGCAAAGAGUAAUCUGAAAAAUCAUGAAAGGAUUCACACAAGAGAAAAGUCUUUCACGUGUGCAGAGUGUGGAAUAAGUUUUAUACAAAUGAGUAGUCUGAAAUAUCAUGUAAGUAUUCACACAGGAGAAAAGCCGUUCAUAUGUACAGAGUGUGGAAAAAGUUUUACACAAAAGAGUGAUCUGAAAAAUCAUGAAAGGAUUCACACAGGAGAAAAGCCUUUCACAUGUACAGAGUGUGGAAAAAGUUUUACACAUAUGAGUACUUUGAAAACUCAUGAAAGGAUUCACAAGGGAAGAAACCUUUCACAUGUUUAAAAAGUGGAAAAAAAGGUUUUUAUUGAAAUCAGGUACAGUGUACAAACCUUUUUACAAUUAUCAUAAAGAGGACAAACUCUAAAUGGAAGCAUCAAAAGGAUCCUAUUGUAAAAACUACUUUCUAAAUCCCAGUUAUAAAAGCCCCAGAUUGGAAGUGCUGUCCUUUGUUCCUCUUAUAUGUGCACCUCAGUUUCUCUCAUAUCAAUGUGAUAGAAUCCAAACACCACACAGGAAUAUACAACUCUGUCCUCAUACUGACCAGUUUACACAACCAUUCACCACCAAAGCACCCCCAGUGUUGUUUAUUAAUAUGCCAGUGUUAGGAGUUGUACGUUUGUUUUACAUAGAGGAGAAAAUAAUUAUAUUUACAGAAUAAAGGAGUCUUUAUAUGAAUAGAGUGUUAUAAAAAUAUAUAAACAAGAAUAUCAGCCUCAAAUGAUUGACAUCUGGGAGAUAUAUUUAAUGUGCACAUCAUGUGGAUAAACCUUUUCUUAUAGCAAUAGAUGGUUAACAUUAUACAUGUUAUACAUAAAAAAAAGACACUUAAACACA